UGAUCUAUGUAUCAAGCAUACAAAAAAAUAAACCAAAAACCAGAAUAUGGAGACAUUUUAUCUGAUCCUCAGCUCCCUCAUUGCUAUUGUAUGCAUUACAAAAUUUAUCGUUGGAAAGAAUAAGAAUUUACCACCAAGCCCAUUCCCAUCCUUACCUAUAGUUGGUCACCUUUACUUACUCAAAAGUCCUCUCUACCGAGCCCUGGCUAAAGUCUCCAACCGUCAUGGUCCAAUGCUCAUGCUACAAUUCGGCACCCGGAGGACACUUUUGGUUUCAUCUCCAGCGGCGGUGGAGGAAUGCCUGACCACGAAUGACGCUACAUUUGCCAACCGUCCGCAGUUACUUGCUGGAAAACAUAUAGGGUAUGACUACACCACCAUUACCUGGUCAAACUAUAAUGGUCACUGGCGUAACUUACGACGUAUCGCCUCUCUGGAGCUCUUAUCGGCUCAGCGCUUACACGCCUUAAACCCUAUUCACAUGGAGGAAGCCCGGCUCUUGGUUAAUGAAGUGCACCGGAGAGCGAUGAGAGACGAUGGGAUGGUGGAGAUGAAGUCAUUGCUUUUUGAGAUGAUGUUGAAUGUAGUGAUGAUGAUGAUUGCGGGGAAGAGAUUUUUUGGUGAUUUGGUGGCGGAUGUCGAAGAGGCACGGCGGUUUAAGGGGAUUGUAAAGGACACGUUUGAAGUGAUGGAGUCGGCUAAUGUAACCGAUUAUUUGCCGUGGUGGAAGUGGGUGGGAGGGACAGAGUUGGAGAAGAAGAUGGUGGCGUUGAGGGCGAAAAGAGAUGCGUUUAUGCAAGAUUUGUUAGACGACUACAAAAGACAACCGAUCAAGGAGAAUAUUGAAGAGAAGACAAACUUGAUUCAGGUUCUAGUGAAGUUGCAAGAAGCAGACCCUGAAUGUUACAAGGACCACGUUAUCAAAGGAUUAAUGCUGGAACUACUAUCAGCAGGAUCUGAUGCAACAAGUGGAACAAUGGAAUGGAUGUUAUCACUUUUGUUAAACAACCCCCAAUAUCUAAAGAAAGCACAAGCCGAGAUCGACAAUUAUGUUGGUGAAGAUCGUCUAAUUUGUGAAUCCGACAUAUCCAAUCUUCCUUAUCUACGAUGCAUAAUAAAUGAGACUAUGAGAAUGUACCCUCCUGGUCCACUACUUUUUCAUGAGUCCUCAAAGGAUUGUAAAGUGGGAGGGUAUCAUAUCCCAGGUGGGACAAUGAUAGUGAUAAACUUAUGGGCCAUUCAUAAUGACCCCAAUAAUUGGGAAGAUCCUAAGAAGUUUAAACCAGAGAGAUUUAAAGAGGUGGAAGGUUCAAGAGAUGGAUAUAAGCUAAUUCCAUUUGGGUCUGGAAGGAGAGGGUGUCCAGGAGAAAACUUUGCCAUGCUUAUGGUCGGUUUGGUGGUAGGUACGCUUAUCCAAUGCUUCGAGUGGGAAAGAAUUGACGAAAAGAUGAUUGACAUGACCGAAGGAAAGGGAAUAACCAUGCCAAGAGCUAAUCCUUUGGUGGCCAAAUGUCGAUCUCGUGGAAAGAUGGCCAAAUUUCUAUCUUAAAUGUGAUUAGCUAGUUUUAGUAUAAGUAUACCAAUAAUUCUACAUGUGACAUGUAUUUUAGGGUGAGAAUAUAUGUGUUUGCUAUAUAAAAGGUGAGUUUUGACGCA